AUGAACGGAGAUAAUUCUAGCUUCGAGCAGUGGUACCGUUGUUACCCAGUCACAUUCAUUGACAAGGCUCAUCUUGAGAAGGGUGACAAAAUUAUCAUGCCUCCUUCUGCUCUCAAUCGUCUUGCUUCUUUGCAUAUUGAAUACCCAAUGCUGUUUCAACUGAGUAAUGAUUCUACUGAGAAGACUACGCAUUGCGGAGUACUUGAAUUCACAGCAGACGAAGGCCUAGUUUACUUGCCGUAUUGGAUGAUGCAAAACAUGUCUCUUCAAGAAGGCGACAUUGUCAAAAUCAGGAACACAAGCUUGGUGAAAGGGACUUUCAUCAAGCUUCAGCCUCACACACAAGAUUUCUUGGACAUUUCAAACCCGAAAGCCAUCUUGGAGACGACGCUUAGGAGCUACUCUUGCUUAACCAAGGGUGAUACGAUCAUGGUUCCUUAUAACAACAAGCAGUAUUUCAUCAAUGUGGUUGAUGCAAAACCUUCUUCAGCUGUGAGUAUCAUAGAAACGGAUUGUGAGGUUGAUUUCGCUCCUCCUCUUGAUUACAAGGAACCUGAGAAGCCACAACAGCUUACUCCUUCGAACAAACGAUCUCGCAAAGUUGAGGAAGAGGAACCAAUAAGCAAAGUUCCUAAAUUCACACCGUUUACUGGAUCGGGAAAACGUUUGGAUGGAAAAACACAGACAAUAUCAACUGAAGAAGAAGAAAAGCCAAGUGAGAAUGGCAAAGACGAUGAGAAGUUGUCAAGCAACACGCCACGACAAAAGACAGGGAAGCUUGUCUUUGGUUCAAACAGCAAAACAACUGCGAAAGAAACUGUAAAGGUUGAUCCAAAGAACAUCGAGCAACAGAGUUCUACAAAAGCAGAUGAAUCUAAGUUUCAAGUGUUCACUGGGAAGAAGUACUCACUCAAGGGUUAA